CCAAACUGCUCAUCAUUCUGUUGGAAGUAUUUCCUUUAUUUCACCAUGCACAAGCUUUUGGUCUCAUUCAUUCAUAAAUUUGAUUAAUUACCCAUCUUUCUUUAUGGGCACAUUAAUCAAAUCUCCUCUGUCAAAGCUUCCAUUUUCCAUUAUCACAAUCUCAAUCUGUGCAUUUGCCUUCAUUGGCCUUUUGUUCACUGAAAGAAUCACUUUUCUUUCUUCCACCACCAUUUUCACGCUUAGCCCUUGCGCUAAGCGUGCUCUUGCUAAGUCUAAAGGUAAAAGUGCAGCCAAAGAUGAGGUGAACUACCUUGCCGAUGAUCGGUUUGAAUUUGAUCCUCAUGAGUGCAGUGUUACUAGUGGAAAAUGGAGGUUUAACACCUCCACCAUGCCUCUAUACACGGACAGGAGCUGCCCGUAUCUUGAUAGACAAGUAUCUUGUGUUAAAAACGGCAGACCGGACUCAGAUUAUCGUCAUUGGGAGUGGCAGCCAGAUGACUGUUACUUGCCUAGGUUUGAUCCGAAAAUUGCCCUUGAGAAACUCCGGGGAAAGAGGCUUAUGUUUGUAGGGGAUUCACUGCAAAGAGGACAGUGGCAGUCUUUUGUUUGUCUGGUUGAGUUCAUCAUACCUGCAGAUCAGAAGUCCAUGCGUCGAGGCCGUGUCCAUUCAACCUUCAGAGCUAAGGAGUAUAACGCUACAAUUGAAUUUUACUGGGCGCCGUUUUUAGUUGAGUCCAAUUCUGAUCUGAAAAUAGUAGGAGAUCCAAAACAGAGAAUUUUAAAAGUUGAUUCAGUUGCAAAGCAUGCAAAACAUUGGUUGGGAAUCGACAUCCUUGUUUUCAACACUUAUGUUUGGUGGAUGAGUGGUCUAAAAAUCAAGUCUCUAUGGGGUUCAUUUGCCAACGGAGAGGAUGGUUAUGAAGAACUAGAUGCUUCCGUUUCAUACAGAAUAGCAUUGAAGACUUGGGCCAAUUGGGUUGACACCACUAUCGAUACUAACAAAACAAGGGUGUUCUUCACUACUAUGUCCCCUACACACCAGAGGAGUGCAGACUGGAACAACAAAGGAGGGAUAAAAUGCUACAAUGAGACAAAACCUGUAACGAAAAGGAGGCACUGGGGAACUGGCUCUGACAAGCGGAUAAUGAAUGUUGUUGCAGAUGUUGUGGGAAAAAUGAAAGUACCUGUUUCAUUAAUAAACAUAACACAAUUAUCAGAGUACAGAAUUGAUGCACAUUCCUCAGUUUACACCGAGACUGGAGGUAAAUUGUUAACCGAUGAACAGAAGGCCGAUCCACUACACAAUGCAGAUUGUAUACAUUGGUGUUUGCCAGGAGUUCCUGAUACCUGGAAUCAAAUAUUUUUUGCACAUUUGUUGUAGCUAUGAGAUUUCAUUGUCUAUAUAUGUGUCACUUUGCAACUGAUUCAAUUAGUACAACGCUUUUAGCUUA